CCAUAUCGCCCCUGUUUUUUUUUAUAAAAAGGGCCAGGCCCUCCCCAUUUCUUCUUCACGCACGCACGCAAGCUGUCUUCUCUCUUCGUUGUUUUCUUUCGAUACGAGUAAAGCAAAAGUAGUCGGAGGUAGUAAAGGAAAGGAAGUUAAAACUGAGGACUAGUGGCACAAAAGCUGCAUUGUUCAGGCAAGUAACCCUCCUCAACCUCUAACCUUUUCGUUGAACUAGAACAAUACUUUUAAAGUAUGUUUAGUAUAUUGUACUUGUGAUAUCGUUGUUAAUAAUACCUAUGCUCUACCCCAAAUUGCGAAACAUGUUGAGAACCUUGGGGAAGUAGAAAAUUUUCAGAAGAUCUUGAAAGUUAAAGUUAGCAUAUUUUGCUGUUUUUGUAUAAUGUUCUUCAAGAUAUGAGAAUUAUAAAUGAAAAAGAAAUGAAUGCUUUGAUAGUACAAGAACUGAAUUCUUGUUGAAAUAUGAAAUGUUUAAAACUGUUAUUGUUGCAAAAAUGAUUGGUGAGCGUAAGAGGCCGAGUGACGCCGGUCCAGCGUACUUCAGGUGGCGUAAGAGGCUAGUUUCACUAGUCCAGCGUAAAAAGGCCAAAGAGUUGCCUAAUUGGGUGCCCAAUUGAUGUCCAGAGGGACUUUAUGUCCGGUAUGGGGACAUACGUGGCUGAUCACCCGUAUGGUCCAGAAGCGUCGAGUAAGGAUCCAAUCAUAAUGCUUAUUUUAAAUUUUAUGAAAAGAAUGUUUAUUUGGAAAAAGCUCUGAUGCGAUGACAGGAAAGUUUUUUUUUAGGAGAUUAUUUUGUGAAGUAACUUGAGUUUAUUGUGAAACUCCAAAUAAUUUUUAGACAAAUAAUUUCUUUUAAACCUUUGGAAUUUACUAAAACCAAAUAAAUUUAUACUCCUCUCUGUCUUUUAUUUUUCAUAAUCACAUGAGCUUAAUCUCUUUUCCUAUAUUAGAUUGGUUACUUGCUGAGCUUGUUUGGCUCAUAUUUUCUUGUCUAACCCUGACAGCUAGGUGUGAAGAUCGUGUGAACCAAGCCUACCACCAGCAAGAAUAGUGCUUAGCAGUGAGACUGAUAAUGUUUUGUUGUCUCGAAUAGAUAGUACGUGAGAACAUUAAGUAGUAAGCUGGAAUUCUGUAAGGAUUAAUUCAUGUAAAUUAUUCAGGUUAUAACUGUAACUCUAUACCGGAGUUAUGUUUUUAAUUUGUUCUAGAAUUGUGAUAAUAUUUAGUUUGCUUGUUUCAUACCAUAACCUGUGAUAGGUCCAGGGAGUAUUGGGGUCUGAAUAUUAUAUUCAUGUUUGAAUUAAUUUAGUUAUGUGACUCCCCGAUCUAGGCCCCAGAUUGGGAGGGUGUCACAAGUUGGUAUCAGAGCUACAGGUUUUGGUCACUGAAACAAGCCAGGGUUAAUCAAAUAGAUAAGGUUUAUAAAGAGUGGAUAAUAGGAAUGAAACUCAUAUAGGGUUAUGUUCGAUUUGUGGUUAUGGACUCGACAUUUAGGAAGAUGGAGUGACUGUAGAGAUUCUUUUGAAUUUUGAUUAGUGUAGUUGCUAAGAGUGAAAAGAAAAACUGGGUUACAUGACCCGUGCUAGGCGGUAAGUCAGAGCGAGUGUUGUAGAAGAGAUAGCUAGUAGGCAGAUGUGUAAGGGGCCUAUAGCCACUGACCCGCUAAUUAAGGCCUUUAAAUUUAUGAGUUCAGGGACAUGGAUGUUGACCCGGUUAAGAGCUAUAUGAAUGUUGAUUUAUUCAGUUAUAGAUUUCUUCAUAUGAUUGUUGUAUAAUCGCUCAAGUAAUGAUUGUUUUAAUACCUAUGCAUAAUACCUAUGUUCCCCACUUAUUUGUGAAUCCUUGUAGCGCGAUAGGUUCCUAUAAGAAAAAAGAGAGAAUGUAUUCAAUGAAAAAAAAAAAAAAAAAGAUAAGGUGGGAGUUAAUGAAGUGUUUGAGAGCAACUAGUAAUAUAUGUGGGAUCAAUAAAAGAAAGUCUGAUGUUAUGUUGGUAUAUGGGUAUUGUCUAAUAAAUCUUUGUUGUUCAGAAAGAUGUCAGACUCAACUAUUCCCCCUGCAACCACAGUCGAAAGAAAUGCUGAGAAUCCGGAGGGUCAGAUUCGUGCAGACCCUACAAUGGCUCAAAUUUUACAAAUACUCCAACAGCAAACUGCAGUUAUAGCACAACAACAAAAACCACCUCAGUCAGGAGUGACUUUUAAAUCCUUUCAAGCUGUACACCCUCCGGAAUUCAAAGGUACUGCUGAUCCUAUAGAAGCCAAGGCAUGGAUUAAGGAGAUAGAGAAAGCGUUUGCCUUAGUUAAGGUAGGUGAAGAUCAGAAGACAGAAUUUGCAAGUUAUUUCUUGAAGACGGAAGCCAAUUAUUGGUGGGAAUCCACGAGAGUUUUAGAAGGUGAGGGUAUAAUCACAUGGCAGAGAUUUACAGAAUUAUUUCUUGAGAAAUAUUUCCCUAGUUACAUGCAAGAUCAAAUGGAGAUCAAGUUUCUGGAAUUAAAGCAAGACGAUAUGAGCGUAGCUGAGUAUGAGACCAAGUUUUCUGAAUUGGCUCGAUUUGUCCCUGAGUACAUUAAUACUGAUGCUAAAAAGGCAAAAAGGUUCCAGCAAGGUCUAAGGUCUUGGAUCCGAGGUAAGAUUGCAGUACUUGAGCUUCAGAGUUAUGCAGCGGUAGUUCAAAAAGCAAUGAUCAUAGAAGGGGAAAGCGAAUUGUCUCAAAAAGAGAGAGACAUGAGAAAAAGGAAGAAUGAGGAAGUGGGAGGAGGUUCAAGUAAGAGGAAUUUUCAAAACAAGUUUAACCGGAAGUUCGAAGACCAGAGUAGGGGAAAUCUGAAACCUAAAGAGGGAAAUGGAGGGCAAGGAACUCGAUAUCAACCAUCUACCCAACAAAGACCAGUAAGGCCUCCAUUACCUGAAUGUGGAACUUGUGGGAAGAAGCAUCCGGGCGUUUGUAAUAAGCCCAAUAUCACCUGUUACAAAUGCAACAAGAAGGGGCAUUAUGCCAAAGAGUGUACCAAUCAGAGGAUAGGAGUUACUUGUUAUAAGUGUGGGAAGCCGGGCCAUGUUGCUCGGGAAUGUAAGGAGUCUGCUCAAGCUUCAAAUGUUCUUAGAAUUACUGGACCACCAACUCAAGCUUCACCUACUCAGCCCAAAGCCAGAACUUUCAACAUGACUAUGCAAGAUGCCAUACAAGACGCAGAUGUGGUGGCAGAUACGAGUAAAGCAAAAGUAGUCGGAGGUAGUAAAGGAAAGGAAGUUAAAACUGAGGACUAGUGGCACAAAAGCUGCAUUGUUCAGGCAAGUAACCCUCCUCAACCUCUAACCUUUUCGUUGAACUAGAACAAUACUUUUAAAGUAUGUUUAGUAUAUUGUACUUGUGAUAUCGUUGUUAAUAAUACCUAUGCUCUACCCCAAAUUGCGAAACAUGUUGAGAACCUUGGGGAAGUAGAAAAUUUUCAGAAGAUCUUGAAAGUUAAAGUUAGCAUAUUUUGCUGUUUUUGUAUAAUGUUCUUCAAGAUAUGAGAAUUAUAAAUGAAAAAGAAAUGAAUGCUUUGAUAGUACAAGAACUGAAUUCUUGUUGAAAUAUGAAAUGUUUAAAACUGUUAUUGUUGCAAAAAUGAUUGGUGAGCGUAAGAGGCCGAGUGACGCCGGUCCAGCGUACUUCAGGUGGCGUAAGAGGCUAGUUUCACUAGUCCAGCGUAAAAAGGCCAAAGAGUUGCCUAAUUGGGUGCCCAAUUGAUGUCCAGAGGGACUUUAUGUCCGGUAUGGGGACAUACGUGGCUGAUCACCCGUAUGGUCCAGAAGCGUCGAGUAAGGAUCCAAUCAUAAUGCUUAUUUUAAAUUUUAUGAAAAGAAUGUUUAUUUGGAAAAAGCUCUGAUGCGAUGACAGGAAAGUUUUUUUUAGGAGAUUAUUUUGUGAAGUAACUUGAGUUUAUUGUGAAACUCCAAAUAAUUUUUAGACAAAUAAUUUCUUUUAAACCUUUGGAAUUUACUAAAACCAAAUAAAUUUAUACUCCUCUCUGUCUUUUAUUUUUCAUAAUCACAUGAGCUUAAUCUCUUUUCCUAUAUUAGAUUGGUUACUUGCUGAGCUUGUUUGGCUCAUAUUUUCUUGUCUAACCCUGACAGCUAGGUGUGAAGAUCGUGUGAACCAAGCCUACCACCAGCAAGAAUAGUGCUUAGCAGUGAGACUGAUAAUGUUUUGUUGUCUCGAAUAGAUAGUACGUGAGAACAUUAAGUAGUAAGCUGGAAUUCUGUAAGGAUUAAUUCAUGUAAAUUAUUCAGGUUAUAACUGUAACUCUAUACCGGAGUUAUGUUUUUAAUUUGUUCUAGAAUUGUGAUAAUAUUUAGUUUGCUUGUUUCA